AUGGCGACGUUACCGCCACGGAAAAAUCCAACUCCAACGAAAAUUUUAAAACAACAUUUAACUCCGUUGCAGACGCUAUUACAAUUAGGUUUCCCGAAACAUCGAGCAGAGAAAGCGUUAGCUGCUACGGGACAUCGAGGUGUUCAACUUGCAUCUGAUUGGCUAGUAGCUCAUGUUAGAGAUCCAACUUUGGAUUCUGACAUCCAUAGACAAUAUGUUUUGUACGCUUGUCCAACAGGUGAAUUAGCAGAGCAACUUAUGAGAUUCUGGUCAGAGAGUAAAGAACUCGUAUGGAAUGGAGCACAUAAUUAUAUGCCACACAUAACUCUUGUAUCAUUUUUUGAAGCACCAGAUGAAUCAACUGAGGAAUUGGUAAAUGUACUUGAGAGUAUAGUUAACCAAGAUAAGUUAUCACAUAAUAUUGAAUUGGAAGCUUAUAUUUCUCCUAAUUUUAUGGGUUUGUUUGUUAAAGAAGUAAAUGCAGAAUGGCUGAAAAACAUUGCCAUCCAUUAUGCAAACAAACUUUUAAGUUUAGGCAUUUCUGCAGAACCUCAAAUAAAAUCUUUACAUUUGACAUUGGCCUAUCAGUUUCCUAGUAAUUUAUAUCAACAAUUGCGUUUAAUGGUAGAGAAACUAACACUCACUUGCCCGACUAAUUGGGAACUCAGAUUAUAUUCCAGAGAUUCUAGGCUACAAAAUGCACAUGUACAUAAAGUGACACAUCCUCACAUGCCUAGAGAACAUGACGAAUUAGAAUUAAGAGUCGGAGAUUACAUUUACAUUCCAGAAGGGGCAUGUAGUAUAUCUACAGACGGUUGGAUUGAAGGUAUCUCUUGGUUAACUGGUAUUUCAGGCCAUUUACCUUUGAAUCAUACAAAACGUACAGCUGAAUCAGAUUCAUGGACUUUACAUACUACUAUACAAAUUACUGACAAUAAAAAUGAAAUUCUACAGAAAGAAGAAAUACCUUUAACUCGUAAACCACCAAUAUUGUUAUCAAGUGAUUCCAUAGACAGUCCUGAUGGAGUAGCAACAACUACUGAACCAAUUGAAGUUUCUGAAAUACCUCCAAGUUCCUCAAGACAAAUUUUUAUAUGCCGCCAUGGAGAAAGAGUAGAUUUUACAUUUGGAGCAUGGAUCCGUUAUUGUUUUGAAUCAAAUGGAUCCUAUGUUCGUAGAGACUUGAAUAUGCCAAAGGAAAUACCAUCAAGAAAUAUACAAGACUUCCGAAAUGAUAGUCCUUUAACAACUGUCGGUGAAGUGCAAGCAAGUUUGGUAGGAGAAGCUAUGAAAUCGUCUAGUAUUAAAAUAGACGUGGCUUUUACAUCUCCUUCAUUGAGAUGUAUACAGACGUUAGCUCAUAUUUUAAAAGGAUUAGAUUUAAACAUUCCAAUGAAAAUAGAACCAGGUCUUAUAGAGUGGUUAGCAUGGUAUCCAAAUGGUGUUCCCGUUUGGAUGACAUCUGAAGAAUUAAUAACAGCAGGUUUUAACAUAGACAAAAAUUAUGAUCCAAUUAUUAAAGCAAAAGAUCUUCCAUUGAAAGAAAACGCAGCCCAAUAUUAUGAACGAAGUUAUGAAUUAAUCAAACGAAUUAUUGAAAAUACAGUAGGAAAUAUUUUAAUAGUAGCUCAUGCUGCUUCUUUGGCAGCUUGUACCAGACAAUUAACAGGUGGAAGAGUGCCACCAGCUUCCGAAGUUACGAGAUUAGCACAAAGAGUACCAUAUUUAGCAUGCUUAACAGCACGUGAAGGAUUGGAUGGUUGGCAACUUCAUCCACCUCCUUUUCCUCCUAUAACCCAUACCAGUAAUACCAGAUUUGAUUGGAAAGUAUUAUUGUAAAAAAUAAUUAAUUUUUAAAUACAGUUUUUCUCCUUUAAAAUACUAA